UCUAUCAGUCCUUGUUGAUGUUGAGAUGUCUUUUUUUACCUAAAUAGGUCUUUCAAUUAUCGAUUACCUUUGCUUCUAAUUUUGUAAUACUGAAACAACACUGAGUUAUAGAUUUUCUUUUUUUUAUAUAGUACUUCUAGACUUUGGUAUCAUCCAGGGAAGGUAAAGCAAUAUAUCAUGCUUAAAAUAUUGCAAUGACAAUGCUUAUUUAUACAAUAUCUAUUUAAAUCUAUCUAUCGCAUUUGAUUUAUAUUAAUAGAGGAAAUAAGAACUCAUUAUAUAAUAUUUUGAAUAAAGGUUUGAGGUGCACUAGAUUAUUUUGGCUAAUAUAAUAUUAUUAUUAUUUUUACAUAUUUAAUACACAUUUAAAGAACCACAUUUAAAGACGGUUAUUCUGUUUGUUUCAAACUUUGUCACAUUGUUUUUCAAUGGAAAACUUUACAUUUAAUAGCCCUGUUCUGCAGUUAGAGGGAAUAUUUCUCUCUGAGCAAAACCUGUACCCUACUUUUCUCUUUUUCCUGUUUGUCUAUGUGUUUAUUAUGGUCUCCAACAUCGGAAUAAUGCUGCUCAUAACCAUGGAAAGAAGUCUACAUGAACCUAUGUACAUUCUCUUCUGCAAUCUUCCCUUUACUGAUGUUCUUGGAAACUCUGCUGUUGUCCCUCGGCUAAUGGUGGACCUUUUAAGGCCUGCAUCUGAACGAUCCAUUGGUUAUAUUGAUUGUGUUGCUCAAGCUUUCUGUUACCACAUGUAUACCACAUCCACUCACACUGUACUCAUGGCUAUGGCAUUUGACAGAUAUGUAGCUAUAUGUAAUCCACUGCAUUACACAACUAUCAUGUCGAACAGAAUGGUGGCUAAACUGACUGCAGCAGCCUGGGGAGCAGCGUUACUUCUUGUAGGUACACUGUUAGGCCUAACGAUAAGGCUGAAUCACUGUGGAACGUUCAUAGCUAAUCCAUUCUGUGAUAAUGCAUCACUGUUUAAACUGGCAUGUGAAAGCACAUAUAUUAAUAAUGUGUAUGGAUUGACAUAUACAGUGUUUGUGCUUAGCGCUUCCAUGGGAACUAUUGUACUCACUUAUUCCAAAAUAGCAGCAGUGUGCAUUACUAGUAAAAGCAAAACUUUAAACAGCAAGGCUUUGAAAACCUGCAGCACCCACUUAACUGUCUAUUUAAUCCUGUGGUUAUCUGCGUUUAUUAUGGUCCUUCUUCAUCGUUUCUCUGGUUAUGCAGAGUACAGGAAAGGCGCUGCGCUGCUCUGCCACAUCGGCCCAGGCGUUCUGAACCCUCUCAUAUAUGCGCUGCAGUCUAGUGAGAUGAGACGUUUUAUGAUGAGGAUUCUACACACAAAGAAGGUGAUGUCACAAUAAAUAACUUCCCAUACUAUUAGCACAUUAUAAUAACAAACAUAUAUAUUAUUUAUUUUACAGUUUUGUAUCUAUUCUACAUGUACUUUUAAUGUAAAAUCCCUGAAUAUAAGUGGCUAAUACAUAUAUACUCUUUACACUGUUAAAACAAAGAAUUAUGAGUGUUACCAUAAAAUAUUGUUUUUUAUUUAUUAUGGACAUUUUUUAAUGUGUGCAGAAAAUAUAAAGCAUCAAGAACCUUUGGUUUGGUAAUUUUUUAUUUAGAUUUGCAAACAUAUACUUUUGCAUUUCUGACUUUUUAAACAUUUUAAUUAUUGUAAAAAAUAAUCUUUAUAUAUCUUUAUGGAAUCCCUAAUGUAACCCUUUGUAGCAUCUUUAUCUUUUUUUACAUUAUGUACAUUAAGUAACAUACUGAUGGAUCUGUGUUUUAAAAUAAGAGUAUCUUCAUGUGCAUUUUAUUUUUGCAAUAUUCAUUAUUGCUUCCUUUUUUCAUAUCUUAUGUUUAUAUUCGUUCUGUCCAACUGUACUAUAUUAAUGCUGAUGUUAUAAAUGUUGCCUAUAGUGCUAAAGGUUUGUUGACCAUUAAAAUGGUGCACGUGAUUUCAUGCAUAAAUGGGAUCAUAUCCUUAAAAUAUUAAAAUAUGUAAUAUGAACUAGACCUGUCACAUUAAAAAAGUUUGUGGACGAUAUAUUUUCCCAGAAAUUAUUGUGAUAAACAAUAUUAUUGUCAUAUACCAUAGCAAAGCAUUAAUGCCAUUUUAAAGAAAACAAUGUAACUGUUAUUAAUCAUAGUUUAGAAAAUUAUAUGUUUUUUCUUCCCCUACUGCAGUUUACACUGUGUGCAUGGACUCACAGUUAUUGAAGCACUGGUCUGGUAUUGUAUACUGCUCACUGUUAUACUGUAUAUGUAAAGAAACAUACUAUUAAACACAAUAGACAAUAUAACAAUUAUCAAAUAUUACUGA